AUGAAUUACAACUCUGGCCCAUCGCCUGACGACUUCAUCAUUCCCGACGAAGAUGAGUCGCCCUCUCACACCCAAACAUACACCCAAUCAUACACACAGCCUUCCCAGACAAACACACAACAGAACCUGGCUCCUGGCUUCCUGUUCUUGACUCCCAAGGUAGACUUGUCUACGGCAUUCACGCCAUUCGUGACUUCACUGAAUUUUCAGCAGUCGAACACAAUUCGCGAGCGCCAGUACAGUGGUGGCGAUACGCUUGACGAGCCGGUUUGGCACACAUUGAGAAGAGAUUUAGCUCAAAUCGGAAAGAGACUUGCCAUAGUCGUAUGGCCAGCACAGCUCAAGAAGUUGGCCAAGAGUCACCACCAGGGCCUUGUCAACUUCGCAGAAAGUAAUGGCGUCCGUUUGCCGCUGCUGAUUACCCACGCAGCUCGUGCUGUAGAGGAUGAUGAUGAUACCUUUGCUGAAGGUAAUUCGUCGGCUGUGACUGCACUUGAUUGGGACCUCUGGGGUCCGCUUAUCUUCCUGUUAGGCUACUCAGUCACUAUGGGGCUUGCAGCGCCCAACUCCCAGACAAAUGUGGUGUUUUCCGGCACUUUUAGCUUCAUUUGGGUAUUCUACCUUGUGGUGGGUCUAAACAUCCAGCUUUUAGGUGGCAGCAUCUCAUUUUUGUCGGCCAUCAGUGCCACAGGUUACUCAAUGUUUCCUAUUGUCAUUGGUGCGGCAGUCAGCACGUUGUUCAUCAAGUGGAGGUGGUUGCGUUUGUUGAUAAUUGGCUUCCUCAACUUGUGGAGUGUCUACGCUGCCGUCAUGAGCCUACGCUGCCUGGGAGUACUCCCCGGGCGAGUUUUUCUUGCCAUAUAUCCUGUGGCAUUAAUGUAUGCUGUGAUAUCGUGGUUGGUGGUGAUUACCUGA